UUCUUGGAUGGCUACUUUUUACUUUACUUGAUUAAAAUAUGUUGAAAUGGUGGUACUUUUACUUGGAUUGAGAUCUGGUGGUUGUAAAGACCACCAGAUCAGGUUGUAAAGGUUCCUACCCAGUGAGUCCAGACCCGGCACCAUUUAUCCAGUAUCUAGUUUCAGUAAGCUGUGUGAACUGUAGCGUCAAGUUUCCUGUUCUUAUAGAACCAUUUGUGGUCUUCUGCUGCUGUUGACACAGGGUAGAGAUUUGUCACCUGAUAAGCAGAACAGAGUAAGCUCACAGAGUUUUUCAAAGAGAAAGUGUUUUUAUUUACAGGUGCUGUAUCGUUUGGACCCAGGGCUGAGGAGGGGGAAGCAGAACGAGAGGUUUUGGUGGUCUCUGUCCGGCACAACAAGGGGAGAUCCAACAGAGUGUCUGAUCUUCAGCAGAGUGACCUGGAGUCCAAUACAUCUUCUGUCACUGCCUCCAUAAGGACACAGCCAUAAAGCAGUAUGGGAGGUGCUGUGGUGGAUGUGGGUCCAACAGGUGUGAAGGCUCCAGAUGGAGGUUGGGGUUGGGCCGUGUUGGCUGGAUGUUUCGUCAUCACGGGAUUCUCCUACGCUUUCCCUAAAGCAGUUAGCGUCUUUUUCAAAGAGCUGAUCAGGGAGUUUGGUGUUGGAUACAGUGACACAGCCUGGAUCUCCUCCAUACUGCUGGCCAUGCUUUACGGCACAGGUCCUAUCUGCAGCGUUCUGGUGAACCGCUUUGGCUGUCGCCCGGUGAUGAUGGUGGGAGGUUUGUUUGCCUCUCUGGGAAUGAUCAUGGCCUCCUUCUCCACCAGCAUCAUCCACAUCUAUCUCUCUACUGGAGUCAUUACAGGUCUGGGAUUAGCCCUGAACUUCCAACCUUCUCUAAUUAUGUUGAACCGCUACUUCAGUGAGAAGCGYCCUCUGGCCAAUGGGCUUUCAGCGGCAGGGAGCCCUGUGGCCCUGUGCUGCCUCUCACCUUUGGGCCAGGUUCUUCAGUACCAGUACGGAUGGAGGGGAGGCUUCCUCAUCCUGGGAGGUCUUCUGCUGAACUGCUGCGUGUGCGGGGCCCUCAUGAAGCCUCUGGUCCCUCCCAAGUCUGCCCAGAACAAGGAGCUGGACGAGGACGAAGACAAGGAACCAGAGGUGAAAGGAAAUAAGAAGAAGGCCAAACUGCUGGACUUCUCUGUGUUCAAAGACCGCGGCUUUCUCAUUUACACGGUGGCGGCGUCCAUCAUGGUGCUGGGCUUGUUCGUGCCGCCCGUGUUUGUUGUGAGCUACGCUAAAGAGCUGGGGAAUGAGGACACCAAGUCGGCCCUGCUGCUCACCAUCCUGGGUUUCAUUGAUAUUUUUGCCCGACCGACGUGUGGCGUGAUCGCCGGACUGAAAUGGGUCMGACCUCGGUGCGUCUACUUUUUCAGCUUUGCUAUGCUCUUUAAUGGCACUGCUGACCUGAUUGGCUCACAGUCUAAGGACUACGCAUCACUGGUGGUCUUCUGCAUUUUCUUUGGCAUCUCUUACGGCAUGGUGGGUGCACUGCAGUUUGAGGUUCUGAUGGCAAUAGUUGGUACUGAAAAGUUUUCCAGUGCCAUCGGCCUUGUCCUGCUCAUGGAGGCUAUAGCUGUGCUGGUUGGACCACCAGGAGCAGGGCGUCUGCUUGAUGCCACCAAGAACUACAUGUACGUCUUCCUGCUGGCGGGAUGUGAGGUGGUGCUCUCAGCUGUGGUUCUGGCCACCUGCAACUUCCUGUUUAUCAAGCCGAAGCCCUCCGAGGAGGCAGACAAACUGGAGAGCAUCACAGCGACAGAUGACUGCACUGCAGAGGCAAGCAGCCGGGGGCCAGAAAUGAUCGGCGACGAGGAGAAAGGGGCCAGGGAGGAGCAAGAGAAAGCCACGAAGGAGGAGGAUAAAAACAGCGAGGAAAUGGCUGAGUUCAGGCCAAAGAGCAUAACGGUGGACUCACAGGAAGUGGAAAGGUUCCUGAAAGAGCCUCAGCAAAAUGGCAGCAUGGCUGCUUGUCCUGAAACCUGUCUGUAAGUGUGGGUAGAGGUUCCUGGUGGGAUUAUUAACCUCACAUCUCCAUGAAGUCUACUAACUAGCACAAUACCUGUUGAACUGCUUUCCCCAACAAUUCAGUGUUUAUUCAAAGUUUUUUAUGUCUGACAUUUGCAGGGAGGGCGUUGAUUUCACCUGGUCGUAAAAUCAGCAAUAUUUUAUCACUUGAUGUUUGGACGUUUGUUUUAUGUUAACAGUAAUAGAAGAAGUCAGUUACAACACUGCCAUGUGAAUACAGUUCAUACCCAGUUGCGGUAUUAUUAUUAUUUUUAUUAAGUGGCCACCAGCAAACAAAAGUAAAUAAUAAUUUUGUUAAAAUUCAGAAAAAUCAGUGUAAAAAAAUCAGCUUUUUAUUUAGUUGAUCAGGGAAUGUUCGAUAAAAACAGGAAAAUUCAUCUCACAAAAACCCAGGGUCAGUUUAUAAACAGAAGCUCCUCCCUAUUAAUAAUAAAGAAGUGCUAAAACCGACUAACUGAUUCUGAUGCAAAGCUAAAGGGACAUUCUGGCCAUUUUGAAGUAAGUUUCUGUGGAAAAGCUAUAACUCUUUAAAAUACCUCAGCUUAGACAACAACAUUUUAAUUCCAGCAGGACCGACGAGCUAAUUUAGCUAGUCAGAGUGGGCCCAAGACUGAAGUGGGUUGCUGCCGUUUUUAAACACUUCCAAUCUUUAAAUAUUUUGUGUAAACAUUUCGUGCAACUGCAGGAAUAUCCUAGCCUGGCCCUUGCCUUCCUAUGCAGUUCCGCUCAAUUCUAGUUCCCCUUCACUGCUCCUCGUACGAAGCAAAGUGAAGGUCAAGGGUCUGGUUUUUACCAGGCUAACAAUAUCCUAAUAUUGUGUAAAGGUUGAGCUUGCAUUAAAAGCGAUGAAAUUUAGAAGACUGAAGAUGUUUUAUUGUAUAAUUAGCUUUAAAAAUUGGUUUACUUGAACCCUGUAUCUGGGAUUUUCCAAGCAAACCCACUUUAAAUCUUAAGACUUACAAAGAAGUUCAUUCAAAUGCUAUUAUUUGAACUCUUACGUCAUUAAUUUGACCUUACAGGGUUUUUAUUUUCAAAGCAUAUUGUUUUAAAGUGACCCCAGGUUGCACCAGAGGUGCUACAGCUAGCUGCUGCUGAUGUUUGUGCUUGCAAAUAAAUGCAGACUUCUCUGUAAAUAAUGGCAGCUAUGACUCAGAAGGAAAAGAUGUUCUCAGCCAAUCAGAGAGUCAAAUGUUGUUAUUUUGAGUGGUCAGUAUAACAAAAUAAUAUCUGUGUGAGUGCAGUCUGUUCACUAUAGCCAUGUUUUUCCAAACUGACUGUGGUGUAAAGCUUUAAAUUAUCAAACUUUUACACCACCUUUAACUAUUUGUUUCAUUUUUAUUAGAUUGAAGCUGUAUUUUUAGGAUUGUAGCAACCCACUUUGGUCUUGUUUAAAUUUAACAGUUCAUCAUUUAUAGCAGAUUAUUUUGUCUUUUGGCUGCUGCUUUAUCAGACAUGGUUAACAGAACUGAAGGCAGUUGGUGUUAAAUGUGGCCGGUGAGGCAGUCGCAGAUCUCGUAGGACAGUCAAAGACAUUGUAGGACAGCUGUGGCUCUUGUAUGGCAGUGGUAGAACUUGUAGAGCAGCUGUAGAUCUCAAAUGGUAGUUUUAGGUCUUGAAUGGCAGUCAUAUACUGUGUUCAGACCAAAUGCAAUUUGAGCAUCAAAAACACGUCCAAYGCUUUAAGUUGUACGUUCGUGCAUUUUGGGGUCAGACCCUUGUCAAAAUUGAUAAAGAUGUGCAUCAUGCACGUCAGGAAGAGCUUCUGGUUGUUUUCCUCUAUUGGUCUCUGUACAAUGGCAGAUUAAAGAGGGUGGCUUGGAUUUAUUUACUGAGAGUUAGAACAUGUCAUCAUUGGUGUUUGUAUUCACCAGAUAAUUCAGAGGAGUUCUGAGUUUGUUGAGUUUCACAGCUUUGGGAGAUUCGAGCUGACGAGUCUCGCUUUUAGCACUAUUUCUGUAAUGAGCCCAGUUUGACGAGCUGCCGACCCGCUUCGGUGCCCACAUCUCCUGCCAGGACACCGGCUACAGGCACUCGGUUUCAGCUGAAGAGCCCCUGUCCAUCUGUCUCAGGUUAGUGGACAUCAUCCAGGAGACCAUCCUGUCAGAAAAUGUGCCACCACAUCACAUAGUUGAGUCUCUCUGAUUGGUUGACGCUCUGUGUCGAGCUACAAAACUUCAGGUUUUUCAACUCCAGCAUUAAACACUUCAAAACGGGCCAUGCUAUACGCACCGCAACACUUCCUGAUGCUCCUUGAUGCAUGUCCACCAUAGACCAUGGUCUUGGAUCUUGUAGGACAGCUGCAGAUCUUGUAGGACAACUGUAGAUAUUGUAGGACAGAUGUAGAUAUUGUAGAGCAGGUGUAGAUCUGCAUGUUCUUUUACGCCAGAUAUCUGUACUAGGAACCGACACCAGAAGUACCCAGCAUGUGUCCUUCCCGUGGCUGGUUUAGCUCAUCAGUUCUGUCAGAAAUCAACKUCAUUUUUCCAAACUGAGGCCUUUUCAAGAGCUAUGUUGAACAGGUGAGAUAUUAAUUGUUCAGAAACUCUCCACAGAACCUUAGAUCAGCCCUCCACAGGUCAGCCAUGAGCAUCAUUUGUCACCAAAACGGGACCUACCUUUAUUCUUUAGUCGUGCAAACAAGUCACAAGAAAAAGCCAUGUUUUUAUUCUACUAUACUUUGUAACACAUUUUCAUCUGUUUCAUUAAGAAAGUUAUUCUAUAUUUGACCAGUUCUAACAUAAAUCUGCAGCUGAAAUAGAGAUAUAAUAGAAAUAGAAUGUAAAGCACUAAGUUAUUUAUUUUUUCAUAGGGUUUGUUCUUUGUUGUUGUGUUCAUUAUUCCGCUGUUUUUACUUUAAUGUUUACUGUAAAGAUCCAUGUUAAACCAUGCCUGUAAAAACCUUGAAGAUUGUAAGCUUUUCCUCCUCCUCCACCUCACGCUUUGCUGCCUGCGGUCAGUCCAGACCGGACGAGUCGUACUGAUGGACCAUAGCUGCUGCUUGUAGUGUCGGUGUCGCUGCUGUUUGGAAGUUGUUGCUGCUAAUGUGGAAGCUUUGUGAUGCCCUGUUUGAGUUUGAAACCAAUAUUUCCAUUCGAGCCGCUGUUGGAAGGUGGCGUCACUCGACAGACGUGUUCCUGUCAGAGCUCCGUGUUACUGUUGAUCAAUGUUGUUGUGAAACUUCGUACGUGCGCACAACACAAAGAUGCAACAGCUUUCUGUGGAACAAAGUGUGGUGAAAGAUAUGGCUAACUGUUAGUAAAGUAUAAACAUAUUUAUAUAUACAGUAUAUAUAAAACAAACCUAUAUUUUAAUAGACUGUUCCUUUGUUGAUGUCCUAAAUGUUUUGUCUGUACUGUCUGAGUGUCUUAGAAUAUUAAAAACAUUUGAUUGUUUUAGAACUUCACUGUUUUUAGUGGUAAUAAAUUAUUUUAAGACUCAACUGUUA